AGAGUGAAGUUUGGAGGAAAGGGGAUCAUUGCAAGUGACCGGAAGUGGUGAGAAGCUGAAAAUAGGCGUUGGUGCAAGGAACUGAAAGGAUCAAGGGAGAAAGAAGGGAGGUCCGUGUAAGUAGCGGAAAGGAUUUGGUAUUUAGAAAGAAGGUAGGUGUAAGUGAAAGAAGAGUGAAGUGUGGCUGGAUCAAGAGGCCAGUUGAAGAGAGUUUGUGUAAGUGGAUAGAGGAUCGAGGAAAAGCCGUGGAAGUGGCCGGGGCCCAGGGCUGGAGGAGUGCCAAAGGUGGCCGGAAGGCUGCGGAGCGGAGCUCAAACCUGAGAGUGUUUGGAAAUUGGAAGACUUGGUGGCGAACGAGAAUCAGGAACCUGCCUCAAAGAGUGGGCGACGUAUCCGGGAUGUGGGAUAAGAGGCUGGUCAGAUUGGCCUUGUUGCAGCAGCUUCGGGCUGUUUACGGCAUUAAGGUCAAGGGUGGACGUGGGCAGUGUGAGCGCAGGAGACAAGAAACAGCAGCCACGGAAGUAGGGGGUAAAAUAUUUGGAGUACCUUUUAAUGCAUUGCCCCAUUCCGUUGUACCAGAAUAUGGACACAUUCCAAGCUUUCUUGUUGAUGCCUGCACAUCUUUACAAGAGCAUAUUCAGACAGAAGGACUUUUUAGGAAAUCGGGAUCUGUUAUUCGUCUCAAGGCACUAAAGAAUAAACUGGAUCAUGGUGAAGGUUGCCUGUCUUCUGCACUUCCUUGUGACAUUGCAGGACUUCUUAAGCAAUUCUUUAGGGAAUUGCCAGAGCCAGUUCUCCCUGUUGAUUUGCAUGAAGCGCUUUUCAAAGCUCAACAGUUAGGAACAGAGGAGAAGAAUAAAGCUACACUGUUGCUCUCCUGUCUUAUGGCUGAUCAUACAAUUGAUAUAUUAAGAUACUUCUUUAACUUUCUCAGGAAUGUUUCUCUAAGAUCCAGGGAGAAUAAGAUGGAUAGUAGCAAUCUGGCAGUAAUAUUUGCACCAAAUCUUCUCCAGACAAGUGAAGGACAUGAAAAGAUGUCUGCUAACACAGAAAAAAGACUGAGAUUGCAGGCUGCAGUAGUACAAACCCUUAUUGACUAUGCAUCAGAUAUUGGGCGUGUACCAGGUUUUAUCCUGGAAAAGAUACCAGCUAUGUUGGGCAUUGAUGGUCUCUGUGCUACUCCAUCACUGGAAGGCUUUGAAGAGGGUGAAUAUGAAACUCCUGGUGAAUAUAAGAAAAGGCGAAGACAAAGUGUUGGAAAUUUUGUUAAUGGAGCACUGAAUAAAUUGAAAUCUAACAGAACACCCUGUAUUACCCCUCAGCAGGAUAGAACUGCUCAACUGUCUGUAUCACCAGUGAUUCUUACACCAAAUGCUAAGCGUAAACUGCCAGUAGAUUCUUCUCAUGGUUUCUCAAGUAAGAAAAGGAAGUCCAUCAAACACAAUUUUAACUUUGAUCUGUUGCCAAAUAAUCUCUUCAAUGGCAGUUCCACACCAGUACCAGUUCACUUUGAUGCAAGCCCAGAAGUGUCAUCUCAGAGUUCACUCUCUCCCAUAGCCAUCAGUGGAAACCAUUUGACCAGCACAGAUGUGCUAAGGCGAAGUAAAAGGAUUGCAGGCAAAAAAGUCUGCAGGGUGGAAUCAGGAAAAGCAGGCUGCUUCUCUCCUAAAAUCAGCCGUAAAGAAAAGGUUAGAAGAUCUCUUCGUUUGAAAUUUAGUCUGGGGAAAAAUAGCAGAGAUGGAAAUGGAUGUUCUGGUGUCAAUAGAUAUGAAAAUGUUGGUCGGAGACUUGCAAAUCAACAAAAUUUAGAAAAUAGGAUUGAAUCUGUAAAAACAGGCCUACUUUUUAGCCCAGAUAUAGAUGAAAGAUUACCAAAGAAAGGUUCAAAAAAGAUCAGUAAGUCUGAGGAAAACUUAUUAACUCCUGAGCGACUAAAUGAAACAAAUUACCGGAUGUCUUGGACAGGACCUAGUAAUUCAAGUUUUCAAGAAAUGGAUGCAAAUGAAGCUUCUCCAAUAAUGGGAAAUCUUGAGGUGGGAAACUUUUCUUUGGAACCUGAUAUAACUGUUGAGAAGUCACCUGCUACAUCAUGUGAACUUAGCCCUUCCACUUUACACAGCAAGCCUAACAGCAGUGUAAUAGGAAGCUCCCUUAGUGGGGAUGAAAAUAACUUGACCUCAGAGACUCUGGUGAAGAUUCAGAAAGCAUUUUCUGAGUCUGGAAGUAAUCUUCAUGAAUUGAUAAAUCAUAGGCAGUCAUCAGUUACUAAUGUGGGGAAAGAAAAAUUAAGUGAAACAUCUGAUAUACAGUAUAGUCCAGAGAAAAAUCUAUUUAAAACUAAUGAUUUGACUGUGAGAGAAUCAGUAGAAAAGUAUGAAAACCACACUGGUAAAGACGAAAAUUGUUUUUCAGAAAUAGACCUCUCACCAUAUCAAACUCAAAAAUUUGGUAGGGAAGCAUCUGUAAAAUGUUACUCAACAGAGAUAAAGGUAGAACAUGAAAAAGACAUUCAUUCAAAAGAUUACUUAAAUGAGCAAAAAUUCCCUAAUGAUGAACAAAUUAAGGAGCAGUGGUACCCACCAAAUAAACUAAAUACUAAAUCAAAGGAGAAUGAGAACAUGAUCAAAGAGAACUUAGUGAAAUGUACAGCUUCUAGGGAAGAAGAGGAUAAAUCCUCUUUCUCACAGCAGAGUACUUGUCAUAUAACAGCCCUUUCUAAACCCAGGCCUAUGAGAAUUGCUAAACAACGAUCACUUGUAGAAAAAUGUGAUAAAACGGUUUCUGAAAGUUUACAAAUGACAGAGCAUGGAAAAGUUUCAGAUCACAUACAGUGGUUUAAUAAACUUUCUUUAAAUGAACCAAGUAGAAUAAAAGUGAAGUCACCUCUUAAGUUUCAGCGCACUCCAGUCCGUCAGUCUGUCAGAAGAAUUAAUUCUUUGUUGGAAUAUGACAGACAACCUAAACAGCAGAAGUUGGCAAGUCUUGGUGAUGUUGCUUCUCCCCUGGUUAAAUCAGUGAGCUGUGACAGUGCUCUUCCCUCUUGUACAGAAAGUACGUCAAAAGAUUCCUCUAUUUCACAUAUGAAGUCAGUUCCUAAAGAUCAGAGGUCUACAUUACGUGAACAGUCUGUCAUUGGUGAAAUUUCAAAAUCAAGCGUGGAGUUAACCUCUACAUCUUCCUUAAAGAAGAAGAGGCACCCAGGUUCUGUGAAUGCUUCUCUUGGGUCUACUAGAGUUUGCAAGCAGGAGGUGACAUCGGAUGGCCAUAUUAAGGUUCCCUUUGAUGACCUGACUAAUCAUAAUAUAUUAAAAUCUGUUGUAAAUAACAAUGUGGGUUUUUCUCCUGGGAUAAAAAAUAAGGUCCUUAGGAAACCAUCAGAAAGAGAAAGGGUCUGGUACAAAGGUUCUCCAAAAAAUCCUAUUGGAAAGACUCAACUACUACCAACAAGUAAACCUGUAGAUUUGUAAUUGGCAAAUGUUAUACUUGACAUUAAUGUAAAUAAAAUUAGCAAUUGAUUAUGUGACUUGUAGGAUAAUCUACAUAUUAGUUUGUAGCUCAGGAGUAUUGUUAAGCAGUAGGUUUUCUCAAACAUUUUAAUUUCACAACAUAACAACUUGGAUUUUUAUACUUGUACAUGUGACUACUAUGUUUUUCUUAAUUGUAGCAGUAUUUAAACUUUAAUUUUGUUGUGAUCUCUUUGAAACUUACUGUUUUAAAGAAAUUGUUGCUUGGAUUUAGAAAAAAUUAAUUUUUGAAAAUUGCAUGAUUUUUAUUUUGUAUGUGUGAUGGGAAGAGUGAAACAAGUUGUGUCUAUUUUUUUGUUAUUCAAGUCAGAUAAGGUUUCUAUUAAAAAAAAAAAUCUGUACUAUGGAAAGGGAAGGGGUAAGCCCCACAAAUCUUUUGUCUUGAAUUAUAUUUAUGGUUAUUGUCUUUACCUAAAUUCCUGGAAAUCCAUUUACUUCACUCUGGUAUCUUGAUACUUUAUUCCUAUUUUGGGGCAGAUUCAUCUGGUUUAUGUAUCUCCUGUAAAUAUACAGUUGUGUUCAAUGAUGGCUAAAGCAGAAUGAUGACUAACCUGUGCUCACACAUUAUUUUUAGGCCAUACUCUGUUUCUAAAAGUAAUUUGCACAAAUGCAUUUGUAUCUGUUUUGUCCAAUAUAGAAUUGGAAAUUAUUUAAGGAGGAUAAUUGAACUUGAAAAUUUAAUCAAGAUGAUUUUUUAAAUAUUGCAGAUGCUGGAUUUUAGAAUUUGAAUAGUAGA